CCGUCAUUUCAAUUCCUGCUCUGUCUCCCAACUCCUCCUUUCUCUCUUCACCGGACACAAUUUUCUCUCUCCUCUCCCAAACACAUUCGAUCCCUCUCCUCCACUGCCUCAACCACCAAUUCUCCAUGGCCACCACCUCGACGAUCGUUUAUUAACUCACUGCCGACCGCCGUUUCAAGAUCCAUCGUUUUCGAUCGCAUUCAUCGCUAUUACAGAUCUUUUACCUUCCUCCUAAACUCUCUCUCUCUCUCGCUUAAAUACCAAUUCCUUCUCUCUUAACCUAAAUCUCUCUCCUUCGCCACCAUCCCUCCAUGGCUCCAUCGCCUCGUCCACCAACAGAAGGUCGCCGUUUCUUCAUCUCUGUCGGUGAAGAAUGCAACAAUAAGGCCGAUAAGAUGAUCCUGCUGCUGUUCGGCUCUGUUUCGAAACACGACGAUGCUGUUGAUUUCUAUCAGAAAUCCGCCACAGAGUUCAAAAUCGCCAAAUCUUGGGAUCAAGCUGGACCUGCCUACAUCAAGUUGGCUGAGUGUCACUUGAAGUCUGGUGACAGUCACGAAGCUGCUGGUGCUUAUGUAGAAGCUGCAAACUGCUAUAAGAAGAUAUCUCCCUUACAGGCCAUAUCAUGUCUGGAGCAAGGUGUGAAUCUUUUCUCAAAUAUAGGGAGAUUUAGUAUGGCUGCAAGACAUUGCAAGGAAGUAGGCGAGCUAUAUGAGCAGCUGCGGGAUUUUGGUGAGGCUAUCAAAUACUUUGGGCGAGCAGCAGACUUUUUCCAAGGCGAAGCUGCAACAACGUCUGCAAGUCAUUGCAAGCAGAAAGUUGCUCUAUUUUUUGCUCAGUUAAAACAAUAUACGAAGGCAAUUGAGGUUUUUGAAGAAGUAGCACAGGAAGCUGUCAAUAGCAAUCUGCUGAGAUAUGGAGUUAGAGGACAUCUACUAAACGCUGGUGUUUGCCAUCUGUGCAAAGGAGAUGUUGUUGCAGUGACAAACGCACUGUCGAGAUAUCAGAACUUGGAUCCCACUUUCUCAAGAACUCGAGAGUACGAGCUUUUAACUGAUUUGGUGGCAGCAUAUGAAGAACAAGACGUUGAAAAGUUUACUGAAGUUCUGAUGGACUACGAUAGCUUAAGCCCUCUGGAUUCAUGGAAAAUCGUUCUGCUGCUGCGAAUUAAAGAGGAUCUGAAAACCAAGGCACGAAUUUAGAUUUAACCUGAAUCAUGUCGAUGGAAAUACGUUUUAUGCCAACUCAAAACUGCUAGCUUCAUAGUGCUAUAUGAUCGUCCCCUCUUGUAAAAAUUGAUUGUUUCAUAGGUUAUUCAUUCUUUAUUGUACAA